AUGGCCGAGCUCGCAGCGGCGAUGAGCGUGCCGGGCGCCUUCGCGAACCUCAAAAUCUCCUGCCCGUGCUGCGCACCGCUCCAGCUCGACGACGACGACGACGACGACUACGUCGCGCCGCAGUUGGACGAGCUGCCGCCGGAGCUCGCCACAGCUCUCGUCUUCGACUCGCACUGCCACACGUUCGCGGCGGCGGACGGGAGGUACGCCGGCAUCACGCAAGCGACGGAGGAGGCGAACUGGCCGACCGUGCUGGCCGCCUGCGCUUCACCUCGUUUACGGCCCGGCCUCGGCGUGCACCCGUGGCAGGCGCACUUGGUCGACGACGUCGACGCGUUCGUCGGACGACUCGCUUCCAAUUUGGCAGAGCACCCCGCGGCGAUCGUCGGGGAGAUCGGUCUGUGCAAGUGCGCCAAGAACGUAAGAGGCGCGAAGGAGGAGCGCGAACGGGGCCUGGCGCAGCAGCGAGCCGUCUUCGACGCGCAGUUGAGGUUGGCGGCGCGGCUCGGGCGGCCGGCCUCCGUGCACGCCGUCAAGCAGCACGCCCCCCUAAAAGCCGCGCUCGGGGCCGUUGAGGCGACGCCAGGUUUUGCGGUGGCCCUGCACUCGUUCAGCGGCACGGCGCAUCACGUAAAAGAACUGCUGGCGUUGGUCGACUAUCCGCUGUUCUUUGGCUUCAGUCACACGAUCAACGUAGCGAUGAACGGCCGCCGCGGGCUCGCGGCGCUGGACGACGCGAUCCGCGCCGUGCCCGAGGACCGCAUCUUGGUCGAGAGUGAUGUCGACGACGCGGCCGCCGCCCGCGUCGCGACGUGCCGCGCCGUCCAGCUCGUCGCGACGGCGCGCGGGUGGACGCCCACGCAGACUGCGAAAACGACGAGCGCGAACGCGGUGAAGUGGCUCUCG